AUGAAGCCCUCGCUCUUCGCCGAUGCGGUCAUCACCGCCGCCUCCACCUCGGACGGCCACACCCUCGCCCAGCUGUUCGCCAUCGGCGGACCUCUCGCGGCCUCUCUCCUGCUCGAACUGCCCGACCCACGUCCACCACGCAUCAUCGCCGCGCUGCGCAAAUGCACCGGCUACCUGGCGAGUCCGUGGGAAGACAUGUGUUCGCACCACCUGUCUGCGUUGUACUCCUUCUCCAUCGCAUCAUCCCUGCCGGCGGGAGGGGUGGAUGCCGAGGGUCGGACGAGGGGGGAGAGGUUGGGGGAGGCAUUUGAUGCGUACAACUCUGUCGUCACUGCCUUUUUGCGUUUCUUCUCCACUCUUACCCCUGGGCGGUGGGCAUUGCCGCUAUUGCGCAUUCUCUGCCUCAACCUGCGCUGGUUGGCCGUUCAGGCCGAUUCCGCCGCGGCAGACGUCCCGAGUGGAAACCCGGCGGUGCGAACGGCAGCGCAACCCAACAGAAGGUUGGAAGAGUGUGCCCGACAGCUCAACAAGGCCUUCACCGCGUGCAUCGCCGAUCGCAACCCCUCGCUCGUCGACUCGCGCAAAUGGGGAACGUAUGAGAUCGUUGGGUUGGUGUUUAAGACGUAUUUUCGACUGAAGAGCAUUUCGCUCUGUCGCAACAUUCUUCGCGCCAUCUCCGCCGCGGCACUGCCAGAACUGGAGGACUUUCCGAGGAGUCAACAGGUGACCUUUCGAUACUAUACGGGCGUGCUGGCGUUUUUGAACGAAGAGUAUGAGCGAGGGGAGGUCGAGUUGGAGAGGGCGUUGAGGGGGUGUAAACGAGGACAGGAGCAGGUGGGGUUGAUACUGGUUUAUCUUGUGCCGGUGAAGCUGUUGAAAGGUCAACUACCCCAUCCCUCCCUGUUGUCGAAGCUCGAGGUGUACAAGCCGUUCAUCGAGGCUCUUCGCACAGGAGAUGUCAAACGCUUCGAUUCCGCCCUUCGUCACCCGCAGACGGAAAGAUGGCUCGUCAAACGCGGAACCUACAUCGCAAUAGAGCGCGCGAGGGAUGCGACGCUGAGAACGUUGCUCAAACUCACCUACCUCUCCCUACCCCCCGCGCCAGGGACAUCGACCCAACCGACAAGAAUUGCCCUGACAACGCUGCACGCCGCCACCAGCUCCGAGUUGGUUGGAUUGCGAUACACUAAGGAGGAGCUGGAAUGGGUUUUAGCGACGCUGAUAUACAAAGGGUAUGUGAAAGGGUACAUUGCGCACGAGAGGGGGGUGCUGGUGCUCAGUGCGAAGGAGGCUUUUCCCCGGUUGGCAAAUGUGCCCGUCACAACGACGUAG